AUGACGAUAAGCUACCUUCGGUCAUUGCAGGCGCUAGCGUUGCCACAGUCGCCACCAUCGCCACCUUUCCUCCCUCUCUCUUCGUCCCUCCUUCCCUUCCUCCCUUCGUCACUCUCAACAAUGUCUUCUCCUCCACCUUUCCCCUCACUUCCUCCCCGCAAGAAGAAGGCCAAGCCUGCCCCUCCCUUCCUCCCCGCAAGAAGAAGGCCAAGCGUGGGCUGGCCUCAGGGCCGACUCGCUCAGGGCACAACAACGUCCCCAACAGCGACAUCCUCUACGACGACUACGACAUCCUCAAGGAGGAGGACGACAUCCUCAAGGGAGGACGACAUCCUCAAGGAGGACGACGACAUCCUCGAGGAGGGUUCCUCCUUGUCGAAGAAGCGCAACAAGUGUGCCAUGUGCCUUAUGAGGGCUCCCUUCACAAUGUCAUCAAGGAGGUGCUGA